UAAAGUGCCCCUAAAACCUUUAGGGGCACAACUCAAAGUACCCCUGAAAACAUUUAGAGACAGUUUUCAAAGAGCCCCUAAAAACAAUUAGAGGCACAAAUCGAAGUGCCUCUGAAAACAAUUAGAGGCAAAACUCAAAGUGCCCCUGAAAAUCUUUAGAGGCACAAUUCAAAGUGCCCCUGAAAACAUUUUAGGGUAGUUUUCAAAGUGCCCCUAAAUGUAUUUGGGGCAUUUCAUUCAAAGUGCCCCUAUUUCAAUUAGGGACACAAGCAUCCGGGGCACUUUUUAUAGUGCCUCUAAAAAUAAAUAGGGGCACUUUGACUAUCUAUUGGGGCAGUUUGAAAUGCCUCUAAAUCUAUACCGUACAGUAGUGCGUGGCCAAGACCGAGACGACGACGAAGCUGCCCGUGGCCAAGACCGAGACGACGACGAAGCUUCCCGUGGCCAAGACCGAGACGACGAUGAAGCUUCCCGUGGCCAAGACCGAGACGACGACAAAGCUGCCUGUGGCCAAGACCGAGACGACGACGAAGCUGACCGAGAAAAUGAACUCGUUCGGUAUCCGCUGUUCGACGGCGUGUUCAUGUUCGCGAGUCAGCCCAUCAGCGGACGAGGCCGUCUUGGCCUAUCCGGCCGUGGCCGAGGAAGUUGUCCACCGUUCAGAGGAGCAGCUGCUGCUGGUCAUGGAGCUGCAGGGCGUGGUGGUCGCGGUAGAGGGGGAGCUGCAUGGCGUGGUGGUCGCGGUAGAGGAGGAGCUGCAGGCCGAGGUGCUCGUGGAGGAGCAACUUCAGGCGGCGUAGGUCGCGGACGAGGGGCAGCUGCAGGCCGAGGUGCUCGUGGAAGAGGUGCAGGGCGUGGUGGUCGCGGAAGAGGGGGAGCUGCUGGGAGUGGAGACGGUGAUGUUGAAGGAGACGAUCAGCCGACUGGAGAAGAACGUGCAGCAGUUGUGCCGUUAGGACGACUGGUGAACAGCCGUAGAGUUUAUAGUGACGAGGACAAAAGGAAAAUAUAUGCUGCCCUUCUCCGUAGAACCUCGCCAGAUGUGUUGAAUAAUGGUGUGACAAAGGCAGUGGCCGCCAAGUUCAUGGUACCCUUGCGAGUUGUGCAACGGGUCUGGAAUGAUGGUUUAGGUGGCAUUGAAAAUAUUUGUAACAAAAAGCCUUUGAAUUGUUGGUGCAAAAGAGUGGAAUUUAAUCCCGAUGCAAUGAAACUAGUGCCACCUUCGAAGAGGACAACUUUGAAAGACCUAGCUUAUGAGCUAGGCAUGUCAAAGAGCACAUUACAGAGGCGUUUCAAGGAGAAGGAGUUUAGAAGACACUCAAAUGCCAUCAAGCCUAGAAUCACCGACGACAACAAGAAAGCAAGGGUUCGGUAUGCACUAUCUAUGCUACACCCCGAUAGCGAAGAUCCAAAAUUUCAAGGCGGGUACAACAUCGUGCAUAUGGAUGAGAAGUGGUUUUACAAGACGAAGGGCUCUCAAAAUUAUUAUUUGGGCAAUGAUGAAGAAGAACCAUACCGUUCAUGCCAAAGCAAACACUACAUUGACAAGGUUAUGUUCCUAUGUGUCACUACUAGGCCAAGGUUUGAUGCGGAUGGCAAUUGCACAUUUGAUGGUAAGAUUGGUAUGUUCCCCUUUGUGACCGAGAAGCCGGCGGAACGUCGUAGUGGCAACCGCGCGAGGGGAACAAUGGAAACCAAACCAUUAAAUGUUACACGGCUUGUUAGUCGAGAGUACCUUAUUCAAAAAGUUUUGCCCGCUAUCAAGGAGAAGUGGCCAUUGGAGGAUAGAUGGAGCCCAAUAUUCAUUCAACAAGACAACGCGAAGACACAUGUAUUGCCAAAUGAUCCUGAAUUUUUAGAGGCGGCUACUGCCGGAGGGUGGAACAUUAGCCUCAUUUGUCAACCUCCUAACUCACCGGAUACCAAUAUCCUAGAUUUGGGUUUGUUCGCCGCUCUCCAAUCAUUGUUUCAAAAAAAGUCUCCAACUUCUAUUCUUGACAUUCUCAUGAAGGUGCAACAAGCAUGGAACGAGUACCCGGCCGAGAGGAGCAACCGUGUCUUUUUGACACAUCAAACAUGCAUGGUGGAGAUCAUGAAGCUUAUGGGGGAGCACCGGUACAAGAUACCACACAUUAGGAAGGGAGUUCUACAAAGAUUAGAAAUACUACCCGAAGUGCUACAUGUUGAUCACGCCAUUGUAAACGCGGCUAGAGAGUUCAUUAUCUAGAGAGUUCGUCAUUUAAACGCGGCUAGAGAGCAUGCAAUGUUUUGUUGUAAUGGAGUUAUCUUGUACCCAAAAUUGCAACUUUGAUGUAAUGGAGC